AUGCAAAACGACAGUGUUCAUAAUUCAGCUGUUCAAAACUAUCCAAGUCCGCCAUUAGCUCUGGUGCCUACCAAUGUAUCUACUCAAAAUGAAGCCGAUGGGAUAGAAUACACGAACUUGUUUUCCAGAAAUGAGAACUUGCCCCUCGAUUUGCCUCAAUCAGAUAAUCCGAGGGAAGAACUAAUACUACUCCUUGGUAGCUGGAAACAAGAAUUGCUACUGGAUCACUUCAUAGCUCAAAAUGUGUUUGUUUGUGUUUUAAAAGUUAUUAAACGUUGUCAUCUAGAAAAACUUUUAAAAGAGUUUGAUCUUGGCACACAAAUAACCUUUGAACACAACUUAGAGGAAUGGAGAAAAUCAAUUGGAAUUCCACUUCUUGAUGGUACUACUUUCACACAAAAUAUAGAAACUUCAUUUUCUUCAAGUAAGCCAUCAUCGCCAACUUCCUCCAUUGCCUCCUCGUCAUCACGAUUUGAUCCCUACGGCAAGAGAUCGCCCACUGCAGAUAAAGGCAACGGAAUAAUGCUUUCAACUGUUUUAACUCAAUACUUGUUACAUGGACAUAUUAAAGAUAAAGGAAUAAAAGGCUUCCUGGAAGAAAUUAAAAAGGGAAAACUUACCGAAAAUAGUCGAGAUGUAUUAAUUUUAUGGGCAAUUCAUGGUUAUUUGAUUCCUACCCAUAAAGUAAUUAAAAAUGAUCCAAUUAGUGGGAAAAAAUCCACAACAAAGUACACAAUUAAAGAUUCGCAGGAGUCAUUUUUGUUUAUUGGAAAGUGUCCACAAGAAAUAGAAGACCAUCUGGCACAUAGAAAGUCCUUUAAGAAAAGCAUUCAACCAUUUAUUUUAUGUAUUGGGGAGGAUAUUUUAAAUAUUCAGGAGAUAUACAUCCCCCAGCCAGCUCGCGCUUGCAAGAAAAACCCCGGACAGAUCCCCCAGCCAGCUCGCACUUGCAAGAAAAACCCCGGACAGAUCCCCCAGCCAGCUCGCGCUUGCAAGAAAAACCCCGGACAGAUCCCCCAGCCAGCUCGCACUUGCAAGAAAAACCCCGGACAGAUCCCCCAGCCAGCUCGCGCUUGCAAGAAAAACCCCGGACAGAUCCCCCAGCCAGCUCGCACUUGUAAGAAAAACCCCGGACAGAUCCCCCAGCCAGCUCGCACUUGCAAGAAAAACCCCGGACAGAUCCCCCAGCCAGCUCGCACUUGCAAGAAAAACCCCGGACAGAUCCCCCAGCCAGCUCGCACUUGCAAGAAAAACCCCGGACAGAUCCCCCAGCCAGCUCGCACUUGCAAGAAAAACCCCGGACAGAUCCCCAGCCAGCUCGCACUUGCAAGAAAAACCCCGGACAGAUCCCCCAGCCAGCUCGCACUUGCAAGAAAAACCCCGGACAGAUCCCCCAGCCAGCUCGCACUUGCAAGAAAAACCCCGGACAGAUCCCCCAGCCAGCUCGCACUUGCAAGAAAACCCCGGACAGAUCCCCCAGCCAGCUCGCGCUUGCAAGAAAAACCCCGGACAGAUCCCCCAGCCAGCUCGCACUUGCAAGAAAAACCCCGGACAGAUCCCCCAGCCAGCUCGCACUUGCAAGAAAAACCCCGGACAGAUCCCCCAGCAAGCUCGCACUUGCAAGAAAAACCCCGGACAGAUCCCCCAGCCAGCUCGCACUUGCAAGAAAAACCCCGGACAGAUCCCCCAGCCAGCUCGCACUUGCAAGAAAAACCCCGGACAGAUCCCCCAGCCAGCUCGCACUUGCAAGAAAAACCUCGGACAGAUCCCCCAGCCAGCUCGCACUUGCAAGAAAAACCCCGGACAGAUCCCCCAGCCAGCUCGCACUUGCAAGAAAAACCCCGGACAGAUCCCCCAGCCAGCUCGCACUUGCAAGAAAAACCCCGGACAGAUCCCCCAGCCAGCUCGCACUUGCAAGAAAAACCCCGGACAGAUCCCCCAGCCAGCUCGCACUUGCAAGAAAAACCCCGGACAGAUCCCCCAGCCAGCUCGCACUUGCAAGAAAAACCCCGGACAGAUCCCCCAGCCAGCUCGCACUUGCAAGAAAAACCCCGGACAGAUCCCCCAGCCAGCUCGCACUUGCAAGAAAAACCCCAGACAGAUCCCCCAGCCAGCUCGCACUUGCAAGAAAAACCCCGGACAGAUCCCCCAGCCAGCUCGCGCUUGCAAAAAAAACCCCGGACAGAUCCCCCAGCCAGCUCGCACUUGCAAGAAAAACCCCGGACAGAUCCCCCAGCCAGCUCGCACUUGCAAGAAAAACCCCGGACAGAUCCCCCAGCCAGCUCGCACUUGCAAGAAAAACCCCGGACAGAUCCCCCAGCCAGCUCGCACUUGCAAGAAAAACCCCGGACAGAUCCCCCAGCCAGCUCGCACUUGCAAGAAAAACCCCGGACAGAUCCCCCAGCCAGCUCGCACUUGCAAGAAAAACCCCGGACAGAUCCCCCAGCCAGCUCGCGCUUGCAAGAAAAACCCCGGACAGAUCCCCCAGCCAGCUCGCACUUGCAAGAAAAACCCCGGAGCUGCCCAACAAACGCAAACUACUCACGACGCCCAGAAUGGACGUGA